AUGACGCGCCGCAAGCGCACACCUUCACCCUCUCCCUCCUCUCCACCGAAACGCGUGGCAUUUGAGAUCCCUAGCUCACUUCAGCAGUUCUCUAACAUUUCGCGCUCGCUUGCAGUCAGCAGGGACUCGUCCGGGCCUGCACCAUCUGGACAGUCCAUCACAAACUCCCACCCCCAGCCUCGUCCGGGUUCUCGGUCCUCCUCGCACUCUGCCGUGUCGUUGUCUACUGGGCCCAACAUUGUGGAAAAUGCAGCAUCCCAAUUCCCGUCGCAAAAACAGUUCUCUACAGAGGGACAGGCAUGGCAUCAGCCCAUGCCAUGGAACAACAUCCAUGUGGCAGCAUCAGAGCAGGUGGACGAGCGCGGGAAACGCUCGACUCCUGCGGGUGGCCCUCCACCAUUUACUGCCUCGCAAACCAGACCGGCUGCUGCACCUUCUUCUACAAGCCCCCAAGAGCGACGGCAAAAUUUUCCAAUAGGCCCCCCUGAUACAGCGAAAGAACCCAUUCUCAAACCCGGUGAAACGCCUACUUUGACGACUCAUCCAACCCUUAUAGCAUCACUUAUUGCAAAAAAGAGAGCUGAAAACGAGGCGAAAGGGAUGCGACAAAGAUGGGCGAGGAGGCAGGCGGAGUAUCGAAUGUCAAGAUCUCCAGCAAGCCAAUUGGGGACCGAAAUGAACACAGAAGCUGGUCCCAAUGAAGGCCAAAAGCCUCACCCUCGAGCUCUCUCUAACCCUAAGCCUGCCAUGCACGUGCCACCUCCCAGAGAAGCAUAUGCUGCCAUGCUUUCUAGGCUCGAGAUUCGGACACCGACGGCAGAAGCUGUAUCUACACCUGCUACGGAUCCAUCCACUAAGAGCACAGAGACGCCAAAAGCACUACCAGUAGGCGAGGAUGAUUCUUUAUUUGGAUCUCCUUUCUCUUCCCCUAUGACGGAAUUUCUGGAAAGAGCAACGGAUGAUGCGGGCUUGAAGGAUGGAAUUGAACCAAGUACCGGUGUACCUACGAGAUUGUCUGCCACUCAAACUUCUGUCCCGCGAAAUUCGGAUGCAGCGAGACCCGGUGUAUCACAGACCAGCGAGACAAACAAGCCACCCAAAGUUGUUACAGUUCCUCCGCUCUUCUCGGAUCACCGACAUGCCACUCCACUAACAGCACAAAACCAAACAUACCUUGGCGGCCUAGGAGCGAAUGCCACCAUGCCUCAAAACCAACCCGCUAGUAUGCACAGACAGUAUCAAACGAACUCGUCGAUCCACCCCCAGUCUUCUGCGCCUCGACAAGCGUCCUUCGUGUCUACGCUUCCCGCGGCAUCCCAUCCGCCUUCGAUGCCACAUCGGCAUCCAUACUUUCAGCAAACUCCUUCUCCUAGCGGAUACUAUAAGGUUGAUUUUCGAACUUCUCACGCUGCAAGUUCAGGCUUGGGCCCAAUGCAUACAAGCUUUACUCCCUUGCUCUACCCCAAAUCUCCUGCGCAAGGAGAUACGGAAGAUCCAAAUCCAAAUUAUCAAAUGGUGAUCUUGCCAAUGUAUUCGAUGGCACAACAACUACAGGGCCAGGCCACCGAGUACGGCACUGCUGCUGGCCUCGCUGCGACCCCACAGCAGGCGAAGCUGCAGUCAUCCGGUCCAAACUCCAAUACUGCUGCGGACAUGGUUGCGGGGAUCAGCACAAGAUUCAAAACCACAACUAAGGAUGAUUUCGUUAUGCUGAGGCGAUGA